AUGGGGAGAGAUUGGCGGCGGCAGCCUGCCCGGCAAGAAGGUGUGGAGGGGGCCGCGCUGAUUGGUGAUCGCCGCCCGGAACUGGCUGGAGGAGGAUUUGGCCUGGACAGCUUUGGUAUCAGGGCUGUAUUUGCUCCGUACCGUCAGUUUGGGCGAACUCCCCGUGUCCCGCAGCGCUUCGGGCUUUCGUUUACCUACCCAUUCAGUACUAGACCCGUCUCGGGGAACCAAACCGUUACCAGGUACGGUAUUAAACACCCAAGGCAUCGACCGCCCAAAAAUAUUGGCCGACGGAGUGGGUUUCCUGGUGCUUCCGCCCGAGCGGUUCUAGGGGGUGGCGGCCUGGGCUCUCACACUCUCGGCGGACUCUUGAGUACGUACUACUACUAUCUUGGGAAACUAACUAACUAUCGUACUCACCUAAAAAAAACCACAAACUGA